AGUGGCUCAAUAGAUACAUACCUGACGUCGAAGCUUGACAUAAAGAUUUCUGAUAAAAACUUAAUUCAUUGUUUUCUUGUGGGCUACUUGAAAACUAUGUUUAAAGAGGAAAUCGUUGUCGAUUGUCACAAUCACAUGCUUGGCCGUGUAGCAGCUGUUGUUGCAAAACAAUUGUUGAAUGGCCAAAAAGUAACUUUGCUAAGAUGCGAUACAAUCAAUAUUUCAGGGUCUCUGUAUCGAAAUAAACUUAAAUAUGAGGCAUUUUUACGUAAAAAGUCUAAUACGAAUCCUCGAAGAUCCUCAGUAAUCCACUAUCGCGCUCCAUCAAAAAUUGUUUGGAGAACUAUUAGAGGAAUGUUACCACAUAAACAACCUCAUGGAGCAGCAGCACUUGGUCGUCUACAAGUUUUUGAAGGUGUUCCAACACAAUACGAAAAAACGAAACGCCUUGUGAUCCCAUCAGCUGUCAGGGCUGUGUGUUUAAAGAGCCACCGAUCUUACUGUGUGUUAGGAGAUAUGGCAUCUCGCAUUGGCUGGAAACACGCGGAAUUAGUAAAGAGACUUGAAGCUAGACGAAGAAUUCGAAGUGCAGCUUUUUAUGAAAAAAAGACAGCGUCUCGUGAAGAACUGAGAUUGAAGAAACAGGCAGCUUUUGAAAAAUUGUCAAAAGAAGAUCAAGAUAUUCUUUUGCAAUCAGGGAAAAAUUAAUUUAGUGUAUCUAAAAAUUUUUUGAUAACAUCUAUCAUUUUAUGUUCUAGAACGUUUUAAUUAAAAAUUAAACGAAAUUGGUUGAUUCAACAAUAAUCAAUGAAUGAUUA